AUGGCCGUCAGUAGGAUGCCGGCGAUCUGGGUACUACUAAUAGGUGCAGUCUUGACGUUUGGGGUUGCAGUCAGUCCAGCUCAAGCGUCCAGGUCUCAUCGUCACUACGAUUUCGUCAUAAAGAAAGCUGACUACACCAGGCUCUGCCAGCGGAAGAGCAUACUCACCGUGAACGGGCAGUUCCCCGGUCCAACCAUCUACGCGCGCAAGGGCGACGUCGUCACCGUCAAUGUUCACAACCAUGGCGAUAAAAACAUCACCGUCCAUUGGCACGGCGUGGACCAGCCGCGGAACCCGUGGUCCGACGGGCCGGAGUUCAUCACGCAGUGCCCCAUCCAGCCCGGCGCAAGCUUCACCUACAAGAUCAUCCUCACCUGGGAGGAAGGCACGCUGUGGUGGCACGCGCACAGCGAUUUCGACCGCAACACCGUGCACGGCGCCAUCGUCAUCCGCCCCAGGCGUGGCACUACCUACCCGUUCAAGAAACCCCACAAGGAGAUACCCAUCUUCCUUGGUGAGUGGUGGAAGGUCGACCUCCGGCAGGUGCUCGCCGACGCGCUCCGUACCGGCAGCGAGUUCAACGCAUCCGACGCGAACACCAUCAACGGCCAGCCCGGCGACCUGUUCCCGUGCUCCAGGGACGGCACGUUCAAGCUUCCCGUCGAGGACGGCAAGACGUACAUGCUCCGCCUCAUCAACGCGGUGUUCACCUACGAGUCCUUCUUCAGCGUCGCCGGGCACAGCCUCACCGUGAUCGGCACCGACGGCUCCUACGUGAAGCCGUUCGCCGUGGACUACGUCUUCAUCGCGCCGGGGCAGACGGUGACCGCUCUGCUCACGGCCGACCGCGCCUCGCGUGGGCUGCGGAACGCCCGGUACUACAUGGCGGCGCGGCCGCUGUUACCGAACAACCCGUUCAUAAGCUUCGACAAGUACGACAACAGCGUCGCCACCGCCGUGCUGGAGUACGCCGACGACGACGCGGCGGCGGCGGCGGCCCCGGACCCGGAGUUCCCCGUCCUGCCGGCCAUCAACGACAGCGCGGCGGCGGACGCGUACACGACGCGCCUACGGUCGCUCGCCAGCGAGGAGCACCCGGUGAGCGUGCCUCGCCACGUCCAGGAGCACAUGCUCGUCACCCUCGCGGUGAACUUCCUCGCGUGCUCCCCCGACGAGCACUGCCAGGGGCCCCAAGGCAACCGCAUGGGCGCGAGCCUGAACAACGUGAGCUUCGAGGCGCCGCGGCACGCGAGCAUCCUCGACGCGUACUACCACAAGGACAAGGUCCGUGGCGUGCACACGACCGAUGACCUGUUCCCUAGCAACCCGCCGCUGCUGUUCAACUUCACGGCCGGCGACGACCUCCCUCAGGAGCUCUGGUUCACGAAGCGCGGCGCGAAGGUGAAGGUGCUGGAGUACGGAUCCACGGUGGAGGUGGUGCUCCAGAACACGGCGCUGCUCGGCGGCGAUAGCCACCCCAUUCACCUGCACGGGUUCAGCUUCUACGUGGUGGGAACGGGUUCCGGCAACUUCGACGGGGAUAGGGACCCCGCCGGCUACAACUUGGUCGACCCGCCGUACCAGAACACGGUCGCUGUGCCCAAUGGCGGGUGGUCUGCGAUCCGUUUCCGUGCCGAAAAUCCUGGUGUGUGGUUCAUGCACUGUCACUUCGAACGGCACAUGGCGUGGGGGAUGGACACCGUUUUCAUCGUCAAGGAUGGGAAUGUCCCGGAAGCUAAGAUGUUGCCACCACCUCCGGGGAUGCCUAGGUGUUGAUGUGAUGACCAAUUAAAGGUUGAUAUGGAACCGAUUUUAUUAGUAGUUUUUUAUUUGAGAGAGAGAGAGGAGAGAUAUCCAUUAAUUAAUUAUUAGUAGCUUUACUAGCCAGGCCUGGGCCAAUUCUCGUUGGGCCUUUGAAAGCAGACUGCAAACCCAAACUCUCGGGCCAAUCAAACUUCACUGAGACUGUUU